AUCGUCGACAAGUACAGUUUUCUGUUCUCGAUGAUAUCGAUACGAGCUCCCGACUUUUCAGAUUCAUUUUCGACCCCGUUCUCGACUCGCCAAGAAAAAUGCUUGAGUGGCACUGUUUUUAGUGGUAGCUUAAUUUUCCAGACUAUUUAAUGAAGUGAUCGAGUUGUUUAUCAUUUUGCGUGGCCAUUGGUGAUAAUCAAGAUCGAUCCAACGUUCAUAAUUGAUUGCAGAUCCCGUCGUUCAAGUCUGCACUGUCGUCUGUUGUGUUUUUUGGACUGGGAUAUAAUCUUUCAAGUCAGCCGUCUUGUCUACUGAGGAUUAUAAGCCUGAGCUGGAUGGGUCAGGUGAUGAACCUAGAUUAGUCAGAAUCAGAAGGAAAUGUGUGUAGAGCUAGACACAUUUGACCUCUCCGCAUUGGAUCUGGAGCCUGUGUUUCCACCGCAGUACUAAUACAACAAGGAAGAGCCGCCUGUCACAUUUGACCAACCCCCUCAAUUAAUACAGUGCAUGGCCAUGUUUGAUAAAUAUCAGGAAAAUAGCUGCUACGGAAUAAAAUUUGUGAGAUCUACUUCUGGAUAUUAGUCAACCAAACAAGACUCUUGGAAAAAGCCUGCAACAAGCAUUGUUUUGUUUUUUAGGGAGGUCUACACUUGUUGAUCGCUCAAUUUAUACCAAGAGAAGUUUCCUACUUCAAAGAGAACAAACAUCUGUUGGGUUCAUGUAUUUCUUUUCUUUGCCAAACUUGAAAUGGUUCCGAAAUACAUGACUCAUUGACAUCCCACUCGUACUUGAGGUGCUUUAUUAAAAGUGGUCAGGAAGGACCACCUGCUAUUAUCAACAUGGUUUCUCAUGUCAGGCUUGAGAAGGAACAGAAGUAUCGUCAGCAGGUCUGUUUGUCUUGCGUAACUGGCUUAUACGGUUGCCGAUGGAAACGCUACAGAAGAUCAACCGAACCUACGAUUUUGUACGAGAAGAUCUGGCUCGGAGUAGUAGUGACAUCGUUCAUCUUCAUGUUGAUAUGGCUAUAUUUCUGGCUCAUAGCACAGAAUGAUUCCGAUGACCUCAACUGGUUUAUUUGGGAGGAUUUUAGCGUUUGGUUUGAUUGGUUUACUCUACUAUUCUCAUGGUGUGUCAUCGCUCUGAUAUAUUUAUGCAUGCUAUUGCUUCUGGCUGUCAGUCAUUGUUUUAUAGGACAGCAACUUUACCUCCACUGGUUCCACAAAGCCCUUCAAGUCUUCAUUUUAGUAGGCUGUAUAGCCACGGCUGCUAUGAUGAGCAAGCUCUGGUUGUCGGAGUUCCAUCUACUAGCCAUCUCUUUACAGGUGACAUCACCAAUUCUUCAAAUUGUUUUAGUCGUCGUUCUCACAACGUUAACGUGGCCAUUUGCUGGGCUCUGGUACAGAACAGAAAAUUCAGCAUGGAAAGCAUCCCUACUAGUCUUGUAUACAGCCACCAUGCUGUUCUUUUAUCUUAUUCCUCUUGCCUUGGAUGUGCCGUGUGUGGCUGAGAGGAUAGAAUUACCCCCGAAACCAAAGAUGUUUGGACAUAGAGGCGCAGAAGAGAUAGCACCAGAGAACACUUUGAUAUCCUUUGAAACGGCAGUAAAUCACAGUGUUUAUGGAUUAGAGAGUGACGUAAGAAUAAGCUUCGAUGGUGUGCCAUUCCUAAUGCAUGAUGAUACAUUAGAGAGGACCACAGAUGUAGCGUCGGUGUUUCCUAAUAGAACCCAAGAUAGAGCAGAGUCUUUUACAUGGGAUGAAUUAAAACAGCUCAACGCUGGUUCAUGGUUUCUGAAGAAAGACCCCUUUCACACCGGCAUGUCUAUUCCGCGAGCAACGCGGGAGCGGUUUGACGAUCAGGGUAUCCUACGUCUGUCUGAUCUGAUGGAGAUUGCUAUAAAGUACAACAAGACUGCAAUCUUUGAUGUAUUCGGACCCCCUCAUGGUCAUCCGUUUCGUAACAACAUUGAUGAGGUUGUCGUGGACACCAUUCUCCAGUCCGGUAUAAGACAAGAUCAGAUAUAUUGGCUGGGUGGAGGUCGAGACUACGUACGUGAGAAGGCACCUGGGUUCGUGGUAACCGCAGAGGGCCGAUCGGAUAUUUCUGACCUUCAGAAGAGUAAUAUCACCCAGGUCAACGCAGAGUAUUCAGAAAUUUCAGACAAAGAAAUAGAUGAGUAUUCCCAAGUUAAUAUAUCUGCAAAUGUGUACACCAUCAAUGAAGUGUGGCUGUACUCGCUCUACUGGUGUGUGGGGGCUGAAUCUAUUACUACAAGUGCCUGCCACUUACUCAAUGAUGUGCAAACACCCAUCUGGCAUAUGACAAAGAGCACCUAUCUGUUGGCUUGGGUACUAGUAGAUGCUGUUUCAGUUGUCUGUGUUGGUUUAAUCUUCCUCUUACAAAGAGUGAGGCACCCAAAUCAUAGCAUCAACCCAGAGGCGAUCUCUCUGAACUCUCCUCGUCAGAAGACAUUUCAUCAUCAUCAUCACCACCAUCGGAAGAGUGACAAGGAGGUACUCUACCAGUCCAAUGAAGACACGCCCACUCCGGAUGACACCAUUAGAAACAUGAACAUCAUGAUGGAAAAUCCUGUCGCUAACAUCACUCCCCCGGAUCACGACGAGGUCCAACUGAAAUUUGAAUAAGCUAAAGCGACUUACCACGUCAGAAGACUUUCCACCAUCAUCACCAUCGGAAGAGUGAUAAGGAGGUACUCUACCAGUCCAAUGAAGACACGCCCACUCUAGAUGACGCAUUUUGUAAACGAUGCCUGUGGCUUUCCAUGAUAUGAAUCAAUCAUAAACACUUUGAAUGAUGUGCAUUUUAUGUGAUGGUGUCUGUGGCUUUCCAUAGUCUGAAUCAAUCAUAAAGACUUUGAAGGACGUGCAUUUUAUGUGAUGGUGUCUGUGGCUUUCCAUAGUCUGAAUCAAUCAUAAAGACUUUAAAUGAUGUGCAUUUCAUGUGAUGGUGUGUGUGGCUUUCCAUAGUCUGAAUCAAUCAUAAACACUGAAGGAUGUGCAUUUUAUGUGAUGGUGUCUGUGGUUCUCCAUAGUUUGAAUCAACCAUAAACACUUUGAAUGAUGUGCAUUUUAUGUGAUGGUGUCUGUGGCUUUCCAUAGUCUGAAUCAACCAUAAACACUUUGAAUGAUGUGCAUUUUUGUGAUGGUGUUUGUGGCUUUCCAUAGUCUGAAUCAAUCAUAAAGACUUUGAAGGAUGUGCAUUUUUUGUGAUGGUGUCUGUGGCUUUCCAUAGUCUGAAUCAACCAUAAACACUUUGAAUGAUGUGCAUUUUCGUGAUGGUGUCUGUGGCUUUCCAUAGUCUGAAUCAACCAUAAACACUUCUAAACGAUGUGCAUUUUAUGUAAUGGUGUCUGUGGCUUUCCGUAGUCUGAAUCAAUCAUAAACAAUUUGAAGGAUGUGCAUUUGAAGUAAUGUUUUCUGUGGCUCUCCACAGUCUGAAUCAACCAUAAACACUUUGAAUGAUGUGCAUUUUAUGUGAUGGUGUCUGUGGCUUUCCAUAGUCUGAAUCAAUCAUAAAGACUUUAAAUGAUGUGCAUUUCAUGUGAUGGUGUGUGUGGCUUUCCAUAGUCUGAAUCAAUCAUAAACACUGAAGGAUGUGCAUUUUAUGUGAUGGUGUCUGUGGUUCUCCAUAGUCUGAAUCAACCAUAAACACUUUGAAUGAUGUGCAUUUUGUGUGAUGGUGUCUGUGGCUUUCCAUAGUCUGAAUCAAUCAUAAACACUUUGAAGGAUGUGCAUUUUAUGUGAUGGUGUCUGUGGCUCUCCACAGUCUGAAUCAACCAUAAACACUUUGAAUGAUGUGCAUUUUAUGUGAUGGUGUCUGUGGCUUUCCAUAGUCUGAAUCAAUCAUAAAGACUUUAAAUGAUGUGCAUUUCAUGUGAUGGUGUGUGUGGCUUUCCAUAGUCUGAAUCAAUCAUAAACACUGAAGGAUGUGCAUUUUAUGUGAUGGUGUCUGUGGUUCUCCAUAGUCUGAAUCAACCAUAAACACUUUGAAUGAUGUGCAUUUUAUGUGAUGGUGUCUGUGGCUUUCCAUAGUCUGAAUCAACCAUAAACACUUUGAAUGAUGUGCAUUUUAUGUGAUGGUGUUUGUGGCUUUCCAUAGUCUGAAUCAAUCAUAAACACUUUGAAGGAUGUGCAUUUUAUGUGAUGGUGUUUGUGGCUCUCCAUAGUCUGAAUCAACCAUAAACACUUUGAAUGAUGUGCAUUUUAUGUGAUGGUGUGUGUGGCUUUCCAUAGUCUGAAUCAAUCAUAAACACUUUGAAGGAUGUGCAUUUUAUGUGAUGGUGUCUGUGGCUCUCCAUAGUCUGAAUCAACCAUAAACACUUUGAAUGAUGUGCAUUUUAUGUGAUGGUGUCUGUGGCUUUCCAUAGUCUGAAUCAGCCAUAAACACUUUGAAUGAUGUGCAUUUUAUGUGAUGGUGUUUGUGGCUUUCCAUAGUCUGAAUCAAUCAUAAACAAUUUGAAGGAUGUGCAUUUUAUGUGAUGGUGUCUGUGGCUUUCCAUAGUCUAAAUCAACCAUAAACACUUUGAAUGAUGUGCAUUUUAUGUGAUGGUGUCUGUAGCUUUCCAGUCUGAAUCAACCAUAAAUACUUAUAAACAAUGUGCAUUUUAUGUAAUGGUGUCUGUGGCUUUCCGUUGUCUGAAUCAACCAUAAACACUUUAAAUGAUGUGCAUUUCAUGUGAUGGUGUUUGUGGCUUUCCAUAGUCUGAAUCAAUCAUAAAGACUUUGAAGGACGUGCAUUUCAUGUGAUGGUGUCUGUGGCUUUCCGUAGUCUGCUUCAACCAUUAACACUUUGAAUGAUGUGCAUUUUUGUGAUGGUGUCUGUAGCUUUACAUAGUCUGAAUCAACCAUAAACACUUUAAAUGAUGUGCAUUUUAUGUGAUGGUGUGUGUGGCUUUCCAUAGUCUGAAUCAAUCAUAAACACUUUGAAGGAUGUGCAUUUGAUGUAAUGUUGUCUGUGGCUUUCCAUAGUCUGAAUCAACCAUAAACGCUUUAAAUGAUGUGCAUUUUAUGUGAUGGUGUGUGUGGCUUUCCAUAGUCUGAAUCAAUCAUAAACACUUUGAAGGAUGUGCAUUUUAUGUAAUGGUGUCUGUGGCUUUCACUAGUUUGAAUCAACCAUAAACACUUUGAAGGAUGUGCAUUUUAUGUGAUGGUGUCUGUGGCUUUCCAUAGUCUGAAUCAACCAUAAACACUUUGAAGGAUGUGCAUUUUAUGUGAUGGUGUCUGUGGCUUUCCAUAGUCUGAAUCAAUCAUAAACACUUUGAAUGAUGUGCAUUUUAUGUGAUGAUGUCUGUGACUUUCCAUAGUCUGAAUCAACCAUAAACACUUUGAAUGAUGUGCAUUUUAUGUGAUGAUGUCUGUGACUUUCCAUAGUCUGAAUCCAUCAUAAACAAUUUAAUGAUAUGCAUUUUAUGUGAUGGUGUCUGUGGCUUUCCAUAGCUCAGGUUGACAAAUUAAUCAUAAAUCUUUGAAAAGAGGAAUUCCAGAUUUUUUUUGGUCAGAGUAAUGAAGAUGUUCCUGCAUUUGAAGACUACUGUUUAUAUACAAAUAGCGAAUAGGCAUGAGUGCGAUGGUGCGAGAUUUCGUAUGAGGUGAAAGAAAGAUGCUCUAUUCAACAAGGCGUUGAAUAGUGUUUCUUUCUUUCACCGAAUGCGAAAUCUUGCACCAUUGCACGAAUAAGAAUAUUCGCUAUUUUUGUUGUACAACGCCUCGGAGAUUAGCGAAACUAUGAAAAAAAGAAGAGUUUUUCCCUGCAGUAAUCAAAGAAAAGGGAGCAAAAAUAUUGAAAGCAAAAAGCAAAAUCCCACAAGCGCACAUGAUCUUGGGCAGCAUUGCGCAUUUAGCCAACAGGCUAUACGCGUAUUGGACCUUCAUUUUUACUGAGCGCAAUGAAUAAAAUCGUAUUGUGACGUCACCUCCUAAAGCCAUGCAGCGGUACAUUUUGGAUGGUACGUCGUGUGUGCAACGGUACGAAUGUUUGACAUUCAGCCUCCCAUUUGCUUGCGUACAACAAGCUAAGUAGGCGUUGUACAAUAUGUAUUAUCUUAUUGAGGGAACUUGCAAAUCAAUCCAUAUGAAGUUAAAGGUCACUCAAAUAUAAAUAUAUUUUGCUAAUUUUGUUUGUGUUGUCAGGCAUCACUAUAUCUAUUGUAUCAUUGUUCAAUUCUUAUUAAUUUUGGGUAAUGUUUUUAACCCAUUAAAUCUUAGCCACCAUUUGUAUUCCAUAGUCAUCAUGAAAUAAAAAGAUUAUUGUAAUAUUAUGUAACCUCAUGUAAUAGAUUUAUUUCUCAUUUUACUUUUACAUACAUGUAUAUCAUUUAUUUUUAUACUUUAAAUGUACAAAGUAGAAAUGUUAGUAAAAUGGUCUUUAUCAAGUAGAUUAUCAGUCCAUGAUAUCCACAUUUUGUUUGCUUGCUAGUACAUGUGUUUAGGCCCGAGUUGAACCGGUCGGUCAACUGGUGCCCGACCAAAUUUAUGGGGAAAAAAACAUAAUAAAUUUGCUCAAAAUGUUUUGUAUGUUGUACUGAUAUCAUGACUUGAAUGAGCUGUGAUUGUUAUAUCCCCUUCACUUUAAAACUGGCAAGGGAAAUGUUAUGUAUAAAGGAAGUGUGCAGAACAUAAAACAGCAGAGUUAUGAAACCCUUUAAACACGCCAGGCUUUUUGUGCUUUCCAGUCGUAUCGGCCGCGGAUGAUAUUCGGUAUACAGGUUGCAAGUGAUAUUGUCUACAAAAUCACAUAAUUCAGUUUCCAAAAUUAUUUCAUUAUAAUUCAGUAUUUAAUGCUAAUUCAUGUGUAAAAUAUGAUGUUUGAAUUGAAUCAUUAAAUGAUGCUCCAACUACGCAGAUUCUAGGAAAAAAAACUCUUUUUAGUAUUCUUAACGAGUACACAAAAAACAGAAAUUGCUUUUAAAAUCAAUUUCUUAUGAUUUUAUAUGACAUAUAUUUUAUUAUAUUUUGUAUGUCUGAUGUGUUUCUUUACUUUCUCUUACUGCUUUUCUAUUUAAUUAAAAAUUAUUGGCAAUACUUCUGUGAUCACAAAUAAAUGUAACAUGAUGUUUGUAGACAUUAAGAAUUAAAAUGCAUGUAUGACAAAAAUUGACUUUUAAUAAAGGGCAUUGCAGACCUGCCAACCAGUACGUUUUAACCGUAUUUAGUACGUUUUUGCAACCAAAAUACGGCAGUACGUUUUUUCUUUGAAAAAUACGUUUUUUGUAAAAAAAAAAAAAAAACGUGCACAAAUAUGGUUAUUAGAUCAAUGUAAUUGCAGGUAACUUGUUUUUUUUUUCAAUCAUUUUGUUCAAACCAGGGUGAAAAUACAUGUAUACACAUGUUUUAAUGUUUUUCAUCUGCAAGAGCAGUGCGCAUUUUAGCUUGCAUGCAGCUUGAGCGCCGCGAUGAGCGAGUGCGCCAAGCAUGUUAUUAUGAAAUACACUUUUUUGUGGAAAAAUACAGUUUUUCAUUCCCAGAGGUUGGCAGGUCUGGCAUUGAAAGUGCUUCCUUGGAAUUGGUCGUGUGGUCUAGUGUUUAGAGCAUUGGACCCAAGAUUGUGAGGUUCUGAGUUCAAAUCCCUGCUCAGCAAUUAGGUCCAACAGUAAUUUCUGUCAUCAACAGUAUCAGGUCAGCCUCUAUGACCGAUUAAUUCAGACGCAAAAUGUUUUCUCUUACCAGCUUUGCAGAGUUCCUACAUGAGGUAUUUC